AUGAGUAAAGAUUUGAGCAACCAAUGGGGUGAGGGAUCCGGAUCGCAUUCUGCGGGCGAUGAGCUCCAGGGAGCACAGCAGCAGCAGGCGGCUGCGGGAGCUGUAGGGUACACUGGGGAACCCACCGAUAAAGAGGCAAAUCCUAACAAUGAACUAUUGAAUUUUGCUGACAACUAUAGUGCUUUGAUCCAGAACCUUGCAAGGGAGCACAACCCGGAUAACACUGGAGGUGACUCUGUGGAGAAGUCCACUGCGGGGAACACCAAUAUGAGAGAGAAUCUGGAUAUGCUGUUGCAACACUACCAACAGAUGGUAGACAAGUCUGCCCCCGAGGACAGUGACCCGCGUACAACAGGUAAUGAGGAGAUUCGGUCUAGCAGUGAGCCUACUGCGUGCCUGAAUUGUGUGGAAAACGGUACGAAGUGCGUGUUUGUUCCUGAUUUGGGUGUAUGUCUUGAAUGUGAGACUAAAAGAUUAUCCUGUUCCCUCAGUAAUGGAAAACUGCCGCUAGGGAAAAGGGAGAGACCAAAUACCAACGACUCUAAACCACAAAGAACACAAUCACAACAGAAACGUAAGAAGGGGAACCCAUCUGGAGGCGACAACAGCGACGAUCAGGGAAAAAACCAACAGUACUCGAAUUUCUUGCAAACGUUGUACAACUCGAUGUCGCCAGGUCAAACCAACAGAGGGUUCGAAAAAGGCUCGCCGACGAACGAAACACCUACAAUGGCAGUGCCACCGCAAAACGAAAGGUACACGCCUGCAAUACAAUCACAACAAGAUAACAACCAGUCACAACGAAAUCCUUUGCCCCAACAAAUGACGCAAUAUCCAAGAUCGUCCUUUUACGUUGGAGCGACCUCCUUUUACGAUGCAAAUAUAUUGAACCACGCAAAGUUAAACACGAUGGACCAGAUACAAAUAGCAAAAUCAAUGUCUUUGCGGAAAGUUGCACCGAACGUGACGUUCUUGCUGAGGGACGAUUUUGAUGAAAGCAUGUACAUAUCACAGGAACAAGAGGUGGACGCGGUGGAGAGACUGGUUUAUCCACAUGGUAGAAUCCUUAUAGAAAUAUUCUUCCAACUGAUUCAUCCUUACUUCCCAAUACUGCACGAGAGGGUGUUUCUAGAAAAAUAUAACAGAUCGUAUCGGGAACUGACAGCACCACUUCUGGCAUGCAUAUAUUCCCUUGCUUUACAAUGGUGGGAUUUUCACCCAAAACUAAUUGGCUUUACGAAACCCUUGAUUGUUGAGAAGCUGAACGAUAUUGCCUUCAAGACAUUCUUCAACAGAAUAAGCAGACCAAAAUUAAGUAUGGUGCAGACAGGAUUGCUUUUACUUCAAUGCAGGAGCGAGAGCCCAGAUAACUGGGUACUAUGCUCGAAUCUGGUAGCACUGUCCGAGGAAUUGGGCCUCGGGGUAGAUUGUCAGAAAUGGAAGUUGCCAAAAUGGGAGAAAGAUCUGAGGAAAAGAUUAGCAUGGGCUGUGUGGGCACAAGACAAAUGGACCGCCAUGGUAGAGGGCAGGCAUUCCCACCUGAUACUUGGUAGAAACUGGAUGGUUAAUGUAUUGAAGCGAGAUGACUUCCCAACGAAAUCACCCACUAUUGAGCUUGCUUCCAGCCUGCAACCAUCAAACUCGAUGACUUCGGGUCUCUCAAUGUUCGAUAUGAAUCAAACAGCAGAAGACUACAAGAACGGCACCUUAAUGUUUCAACAAAUGGUUGCCCUGAGCAUCAUCGUGGGGGAAAUAAUGGACACAUUCUAUACCCAGGGGGCAAUCCACGUCAACACAAGUAUUGAGCAGGUCCUGAAACUGGCAAAGCCACUCCAACUCAAAUUGAGAGAAUGGUACCAUUCAUUGCCGCAGCAACUUUCGAUGGGUAAGUUCUCGCCCAAAAAAUUCAAUGCAAAUGCUACUUUGACGCUCUCGUAUUUUGCUGCCGAGAUUACUCUACACCGGAAAAUAAUAUCGACUUUGGAUGCCUCGACCCCGAGAGAGUUGGUUCAGGUUUGUCGAACAGCGGCAAAGACAAGGUUAGUUGCCGCUAUCGAGUUUGUGAGAGAUUUGAAAAGUGAACAUGUCAAUUCCUUCUGGUACCCGAAUUCUACGGGGAAUUUCAUGUUGAUCGGUACUUUUGCCACCCUAUUGUAUGUCACGUCAGGAAACAAAGAUGAGGCUCUGGUUUUCAGAGACCUACUGAGAAAUUACAUAUGGAUACUGAAAGUUGGCUACAAAUCUUUUGAGAAAUUGAGGAAUGCCUUGGAAAACAUGCACAUGCUGUUGGCUCAGAUCCCAGGUUUGUUAACGGAUGAGUUACCACAAGACUUUGUACCACCAAAAUCGCGUUCGCAGAUGUUUAGGGCACAACAACAAAUGUUAAACUCGUAUCCAAGUGCCUCCCCAGCGAUUACAGAUCAAGGAUCUGCCUCACCAUUAACUGGUCAACCGCGGAGUAAUGUUGCAACAGAUGUAUUACAGAGCAUGUCCAAUCUGCAAUCAAAUUCACCCUUAAACUCGCUCCCAGACCGUAGUCCGCACCAAAAUGUUAGUGGCCCGAUAAAUCAAAUGUCACCUCAUUCUGCGACCAAGACGCCAACACAGGGGAACUUAAAUGUGACUCCAGGUGAUGCAGUGAACGGUCCCACGUAUACGGUGGAUAGAGAGGAGGACACGCGAUCUGUGACCAGUGCACAGGCCACACCAUACCUCCACUAUUCUCCGAACCAACGAAGCCAAAUAUCAAGCAGCAAUAACACUCCAAGAAAUGAAAGUACGAACAAUUUCGAUUUUAGAGAUAAGAGUGGUACUACAAUGACGCCUCGAAAUGUUGCAGGAAAGAGCCCCUUAGUGAAGAGCACCACCAACACAGAAAGACCAGACGGAAGCGAAAAGGACGAGAUAUAUCCUCAAGACGGAGAUUUCGAUGCCAACACAAAUAAUUGA